AUGGCCUCAAGAAGUGCUCCUUCAAAUUCAAAGUCCCAUUCCCACACAAAUCCACCACCCCCUCAUCCACCAGCAUCACGUACAUGCUUGUGUUCACCCACCACACACCCUGGCUCCUUCAGGUGCAGCAUGCACAAGAAGCCCCACAAAGCUCUGCCAAGAUCCAUGCCUACAUAUCCCUCCAACAACACUCAUCAUUGGGAGCUACCAAUGGCUGCCAAAGCUAAUUCUUUGAAGGCAAUCCUCUUGCAAGUUAUUAAACCCUCUAGCCAUGAUCUUCAUAGGAGGAAGAAUUUCCAACCAAAGCCUAGUAGGUUUUGUUUGAUGAAUGGUAACAGAGAUGCUGUUGCUGUUUCUUGA